AUGAGUUUCGCAAUCGAAGUACCAGGCGACGCGGCUCCGCUGUCUCUAGAGGAGCUGUGCCGCACGCUGCACGCAGCAACCACUGCUUCAGAUCACGUCCAACGACAGGCUGCCGGCCAGCAGCUCACUACCUGGGAAUCACAGCCUGGCUAUUAUUCUUCGUUACAGUCGGUGUUUCUAGACAAGUCCUUGCCUCUCGAAAUUCGAUUUCUGGCGAUAAUACAGAUUAAAAACGGCAUAGAUAAGUGUUGGAGAUUGCAUGCGCAUUUAAAGAAUGGAAUACCUGCCGAAGAGAAGAGCUUGAUUCGAUCACGGUUGUUUCAGGGAUCGGUCGAGGAAGAGGAGAAACAUCUUGCUUUACACAACGCCUUGGUCAUUGCUAAAAUAAUCCGGAUCGACUAUCCUGAGGACUGGCCAGAUGCGUUGCCCAGUAUCAUCAAUCUCCUACGGUCCACUAGGAACGCCAAUCAAUAUCAUCUUUACGGCACGUUGCUGGUUCUGCUGCAAGUCAUCAAAGAGAUGGGGACUGCACGGCUCAGAAAGUCGCAAACAGCGCUGCAAUCAGUUACGCCCGAGAUUGUUUACGUUUUGUCGGAGAUAUACUCAGAUAAAUCAUCAAUAUGGAUCAACUACUUGAGCACUGGACAGGGAAAUAGCGAUGAAGCCAAUCUGGCCAUGAUGAACAGUCUCUCGGCAUUAAAGACCCUCCGUCGCCUCAUCAGUGUUGGCUACGCGCGGCCUCACGCCGACAGCUCAGUAAGCCAGUUCUGGACACUGUCUCAAAACCAGUUUGGCCAAUUCCUUGGCUUUGUCGACUCUGGCGUGCCAGAACCAUACCAAGACUUGGUGGGGAAGCAUCUCCUCCAAUUCUCCAAGUUCCACAUCGACCAAGCCGAGCAUUUUCCUGCUAGCUUCGCUUUUCUGCCCAAUUCGCUAUCCCUUGUCAAUGCGUACUGGGACCUCAUUUCGAAAUUUGCUGAAGUCUUUGCUUCGUCUGGUGGUAUCCGUCAGGGUUCUGGAGAUUCAGGAGCCAAGAGCAAGACAGAAGGCCCUCUCAUGGAAAAGCUUGCUUUGAAAGGGUUGCUUCUUCUUCGUGCUUGUGUUAGAAUCGCGUUUUCGCAAGUACAAACAUUCAAGUACCGGACGCAAGAGACAAAAGCUGAACUAGAAGAGGCAAAGAAUAUUGUGAGGACGGAGCUAUUCAAAGAUGAUUUAGUAAUACAAAUGGUCAACACUAUCAUCACCCACUUGUUUGUCUUCCGCAGAUCGGAUCUUGAGGCUUGGGAAGAAGAUCCCGAAGAUUGGGAGCAACAGGAGCAGCACGAAGGUAGUGCGUAUGAAUGGGAAGUUCGCCCAUGUGCCGAGAAGCUGUUCUUGGAUCUACUCACCAAUUUCAAGGAUCUCUUGGUGCCACCGCUGCUAUCAUAUUUCCACAAUGUACAGUCUCCUCAAACUGGUAUUCCUACAAAGGAGGCCGUUUAUACGGCCAUGGGCCUUUCAGCAGCGCACGUGGUUAACCAGCUUGACUUUGACGCAGUGCUAGCGUCUGCCAUUGUGAAUGAUGCUCAGCAACAAGGUGGUCUGUACAAGGUUCUACGGCGACGUAUUGCCAUCUUGAUCAGUCUAUGGGCACCAGUCAAAUUAGGGGAAUCUAGCCGGCCGAUCGUAUAUCAGAUUUUCCAACAUUUUCUAUCUCCAGCCGACGAUACGAAUGACAUUGUGGUGAGGAUUACAGCAGCAAGGCAGCUCAGAUGGGUGGCCGACGAGAUUGACUUCAACGUCGAGGCUUUUCUGCCCUACACUUCGGAUGUUCUCAGCAACCUCGUAGACCUUGUACAGAACGUGGAAAGCGACGAAACAAAGCUAGCUAUCCUUGAAUCCAUCCGAAUUCUGGUGACGCGAAUGGAAGAGCAAGUAAGCCAGUUUGGAGACCAGCUCAUGACUGCUCUGCCUGCUGUGUGGCAAAGCACAGGGACAGAAGAGUACAUGGUUAAGCAAGCUGUGAUUGCUAUUUUUUCAGCCUUGGUUAUGAGCAUGGGCCCCGAGUUCCAACGUUAUCAGAAUUACAUGCUUCCCUUACUAGCUGAAGCUGCAAGGCAAGGCUCAGACUUACAUUACAACCUCAUUGACGAGUCAUUGGAGCUCCUAAACUCCAUUCUCAUGCAAUGCAAGCCUCCGCUUUCGCAAGAGAUUAUCAAUUUGGCUGAGAUGCUACUCCCGCUCCUUGAGUAUCAGUCAGAAACAGUGUCACAAGCUUUGUCAGCUAUUGAAUCCUACGUGAUCAUCGCACCCUCGGCGAUGCUGGAGGACACACUGAGACGACCGAUGCUGACAGCGCUAAGCGGCACUCUGGAUUCCAAGAGCCGAGAACAUGUCCGCAUAGGCACAACUUGCAUUGAAUACCUAAUUCGGUCAGCGGCCGAACUUGGAGGCGCGCAGGGGAUUUCGGUUCUCGUUGGAGACAUGCUGGAAACAGGCUUCAUGAACAAGAUUCUAGUAAAUCUCCAUGACGCGUGGGAGGCUCGUCAAACCACAGGACCCAACAGAAAACAAAGCAAGCUCAAUACGAUCACGCAAGGUGACUACUUUGCGAUUCUAGCUAGAAUCAUACUUGCUGAACCGAAUAUGUUUGUGCAGAUGUUGAGCACGUUUGGAAAUAUCGAGGACGUAUGGAGCUGGCUCUCCGCCGAAUGGUUCUCCUACCAAUCGAGGAUGGAUAAUAUCGAUCGCCAGAAGCUCUACCUCCUGGCUCUAACCCGCCUGCUCGAGCUGAAUUCGCCAAUGCAGGAACUGGUGCUGGGUAAGCUGCAGGACUAUUUAGAUUUAUGGAUUAACGUUAUCAUGGAUCUGCAAGACGGCGUAGUAGACGGCACGGAUUGUCUGAUUUGGGAGGCCGAAGUUGAGGAAUUUGAGUAUGAUGCCCCCAGGUUGCUUGUAGAGCGGGAGAGCCAGCAUAAAGAUCCGAUACACUGCGUCAACGCGCUGCAAUUUGUAAAGGCUAGACUACAGGAUUUGGUUGCUCGCAUCGGUGGCCAGGAGGUUUUUCAUGCGAAUUGGGCGGUAAAUGUGGACAAGGAGGUUAUGGAUGCUUUCCAGAGGCUUAUGGAUGGCACAUCGCAGUGA